GUUCAACGGAAUUUUUGACAAAUUCAAAUCAUUGAUGCGUUUCGUGUGAUUUAAUUGAAAUAAAUAACAGUUUUUGCAGAUAAUUUUAUGUGUAUAUUAUCAAGAUGACGACCGACAAGAUUCGGAAAGACAAGAAUCAAAACAUUCAAGUGUUUAUUCGAUUAAGACCUCUGAACCAGCGUGAGCGGGACAUAAAGUCUUUAGGUGUGAUAGAAGUGGUGAACAACCGAGAAGUGGUGGUUCGUCAAUCACAACAGACCUCUCACACCAAGAAGUUCACCUUUGACCGGGCAUUCGCACCAAAUGCUAGUCAGCUUCAAGUUUACCAAGAGGUGGUGAGUCCUCUGAUAGAGGAAGUCCUCAAUGGCUACAACUGCACCGUGUUCGCGUAUGGCCAGACAGGCACGGGCAAGACACACACCAUGGUUGGAGAGCAUACCGGCACUGACACACAUUGGCAGAAUGAUCCGCUUGCCGGUAUAAUCCCACGAGCACUCUCCCAGCUAUUUGACGAGCUCCGUCUGACUAACACGGAGUACACAGUGCGGGUGUCUUACUUGGAACUGUACAAUGAGGAGCUGUUUGACCUGCUGUCCACUUCAGAAGACAACUCCAAGCUCAGGAUAUACGAGGAUGUGACAAGGAAGGGUUCCAAUAUUGUUAAUGGAUUGGAAGAAGUUACGGUAUUCAACAAGAAUGAAGUGUACAAGAUUAUGGCGCAAGGACAGGAGAGGAAAAGAGUAGCGUCUACUCUAAUGAAUGCUCAAUCAAGUCGCUCCCACACAGUCUUCACAAUCGUAGUCCACAUGAAGGAGAACAGCCCUGAAGGUGAGGAGCUGAUGAAGAUAGGCAAACUCAACCUGGUGGACUUGGCUGGAUCGGAGAAUAUCAGCAAGGCUGGUUCUGACAACCCUGCUAAGAAGGAAAGAGCAAGGGAGUGUGUAAACAUCAACCAGUCUUUGUUGACCCUCGGCAGAGUCAUCACUGCGCUUGUGGAGAGACAUCCGCAUAUACCUUACAGGGAGUCCAAACUGACUCGUAUCCUCCAAGAAUCUCUGGGCGGUCGCACGAAAACUUCCAUCAUCGCGACCAUCUCCCCUGGACACAAGGAUUUGGAGGAGACUAUGAGCACCUUGGAGUAUGCCCAUCGUGCCAAGAAUAUACAGAACAAGCCAGAAGUUAACCAGAAAAUGACCAAGAAGGCUAUCUUAAAGGAGUAUGCUGAGGAGAUUGAUAGACUCAAGAGGGAUUUGCAAGCUACUAGGGAUAAGAAUGGUGUAUACUUAGCAAGCGAUACGUUCGCGGAAAUGACAUUAAAAGAAGAAGAACAGCGUAAGGAGAUACAGGAACUUCUUCUAAAAAAGAGAGCCAUGGAGGAAGAGAAAGAGAAAAUGGAAGCUGUGUUCCAAGAGCUGAAUGAAACACUGGAGAACAAGAAUAGUGAACUGGCCACUACUGCAUCCCAACUUGAUAAUACCAAGAAGGAGUUGGCUACUACUAGUAAAGAGUUGUCCCGCAGCCGCGCGGCGUGCGAGGAGCAGCAGGUGCUGGUGUCUGCGCACCGCAGCACGGAGGCGGCGCUGGCGGCGCAGGCGCGCCACCUACUGCGCACCGCUGACGUCGCCGCCGCGCAUGUCGCAUCGCUGCACGACACCGUCGACAAACGGAAGAAUGUUGAAUCUACAAACUUGGAGAUAACGCGCACAUACCGCGAGGAGUCUGAACAACAACGGGGCAGUAUCAGCACUGGAGUGCGACACUUCGCUGACACCGUCUCCUCUGUAUUCAACAAUUUACAAGCGGCUAUUGACACAUACACAACAUCCAGUACUCAGACACAGGAGCAAAACAAACAGCAGCUCGAAAACUUGGUGGAGAUGUUUAUGGAGACUGUUAAUGAGAUGAAGACAGCGACAUCAGAGAGUCAGAGCGCGCUGUCGUCGUCCACAGCGUGUCACCUGUCGGAGCUGCGAGGCUCUGUGUCGGCGCGGCGCGACGCGCUGCAACAGUCGCUGGCCGCCUUCCUGCAACACUUCCUCGCCUCGCUGCAGCACGCACACAGCGUCGACGUUAAGGGAAACGUCGCCAACUUCGUGCAGCAAUGGUACACGGGCGCAGCGGACCGCGUAUCAUCACUGCAACGUGUGCACAGUGGGUUCAGUUCCCGCGCGGAGACAUGCGUGUCGGCGCGAGCGCAGGCCGAGCGAGCCGCGAGGGAGGCCUGGCGCGCCCAGCGACACCGCAGGGCUAACAGGACGCAGGCCUGUCUUGCUGAAAUGGAAGAAGAAUCAGUUCGCCUUGAAAAGUUACUGACACAGCAACUAUCAGACAUCGAGACAGAAAGAGCACAAACUGAACAAAGACUACAGGAGUGGAUGGAAGAGAAGAGAAGAUUGUUAGAGGAAGAACUAGCCAGACACGUGGCUUCAGAGAAACAAGCUUUAGAAGACAGACUCGCCAAGAAAGUCUCAGAGAUUGAGUUACAGAAGAAAAUGCUCCAAGAGAGAAUGGACCGCUACAAAGAGUGGCAGCAGAUACAAAUGGAGGCGGAUAAAGAAGAGAUGGAGAUGGCAGAAAGAGAAUUAGAAGAGAAUGAUAAAGGCAGAGAGGAGUGUGUCAAGGAUAUUAAGAAAUAUAGCAAGGAGUUUGAAGAAGGUACUAACGCGAUCAGCGUGGACAUGGAGAUAUUCAGCAGGAAUGUCGUGGAAGUGGUAGAACACAUCAACAAUGAGAUGCUCAGGGCGCUCGACCAGACCAGGGUGCAGGUGGAGGAGGAAGUAUCCAAGGUAGUGUCAGCGGACGAGGCAUCCUGCCUGCAACUGACUCAGUCUGCGGACGACACCAUUCGCAAAUUGUUGGGUACUACCAAGCACAUCACUGAUCAACUUGUCAGCAAGAUUGAGAGGAACACGGGCACAGCACUAGAGCAACUGCGCGACGUAUGUAAGUCGACGUCGCAGCAGAUCUCGGCCGUGCAGGAGCUGCACGGGGCGCACGGGGCCUCGUGCAUGCAGGCACGGGACCAGCUCGCCGCGCUGCAGGAACACCUCUACGAAGCUAUCUCCAGGCACCAACAGCUUGAGGACAGAUAUCUUAGUCACGAGUACAAGAUCUACUCUCCUACUGGUAAGACCCCGGCCCGCGUGGAGUACCGCUACCCUCGCGUACUGGCCGCCACGUCCCCACACGACCGACUGCUGGCCAGGUUCCGCGCCAUGCGACAGAAUUCUGACGAUGAUUGCGUGGUAGUAGAAUCAGACAAUGAAACGCGACAAGUGAGUGACUCUGAGUGUUCGUCGGAGGACUCCGCGCAGUUCCUGGCCCCGUCCCCGCCGGAGCCGCGGGAACCGCGCGACACUCGGGACAAACUCGUCAAGAGCACGUCCGAGACUGACAUACUCUACACUCUUAGGAAGCAACAAGAAAACGCUAAAGAAAAUACAGAACGCUCGGUGUCAGGCAAAAAGCCUUCGAAACUUCCCGCGCCCUCGUCUCAUAAGAAACCUUUAGCUGAACGAAACGCGAACUGACCUCGCAUCUACCCAUUAUACUGCCUAGUACCUUAACUUUAAAAACGGUAUGAAGAUGUUUGUAUUGUGUUCAAUUUCAAUAUGAAAACUCUAAAUUGCGAACCGCUAGAGGCGCUAGUUACGCUUGACCCCCAUAAUAAAACCUCUUUCCAACUAUUUUUAUAGUUUCAUCAGGUUUUUUAUGUCUUAAAACGAAUGUUUUUCUAAACUGUCUGGCGUAUUUGUGUCUCGUAGCGUAAAAUCUCACCGAUUUGGCAUUAGAAUACGAAUUUUUAUUAAUGUAAUAUUAAUUUUAUAAGGAGUAAGUUUGUAUUCAGUGUGUCUAUGCUUUUGUUUGUCGAUGUAUAUUAAUA